AUGGAUGAACUUUGUCGUGAAUCAAAAGCACAAAAAAUAAAAAAAAUAACAUCGGAAAAUGAUAAAAAUAAAAAAGAUUUUACUGGAUCUCAAGUUAAGGGUGGUAAAACAUCAUCAAAAUCAAGUAAAAGAAUGUCUAAAACGGAUGAUUCGAAAAUGGCAUCCUCACUAGAAUUGGAAAAAAAUGAUUUAUUCAUCGGCGAACGUAAUCUUCAAGAAAUACUUAAUCCUUUUUAUAUAGAAACUAAAAUUACGUGCGUUAUAAAAAUAAACAACAGCAACAGCAACAACAGCGGAUCUGAAAACGAUAGAACAGAAACGCAUAAUUUAAUACUUUUAUGUCCGACAGUAAAACCGAAAUUUACAUAUUUAGGAACGAGUCAAGAAAUUAAUUUUAAUAAAGUUUUUAUCGGUACGAGUGCUAGAGCUUUUAUUCAAAUACAAAAUAUAUCAUUUGAAAGAAUUUAUCCCGUUAUAAGUCUUUUAAAUCCCGUGGGAUCGUUUAAAUCUUAUGUGGGACUUAAAAAAAUCGAAGUUGAUCCCGAACAUAUUUGGUGUCAACCCUUAACGUUUACACCGUUGGAAAACAAAGGAGUUGUAAAAUAUUUCGAAGUACAUUACGGAUCGACAAAUUUAUUUCUCACCGUGAAAGGUGAAGCAAUAGUACCACAAUAUAAAAUGAUACCUAAUUUUUCCUGUUGUAAAAUUUAUUCGAAAUCCGGGACAAGCGAAGAAAUUAAAUUCGAUGUGGAAAAUUUGAAUCCGAAAGCAUUGAAUUUACAAUUCGUAUUGAAUUUCGUUAAAGAAGGCGUUGAAAACGUGGCGGAAGAUAAUACGAUUGUCAAAACAUCGGAAACGACAAAAAAAGAAUCGAGUCCGGAUAAGGAAAAAAAAAAAACAAAUAAAAAAACGGCACAAGAAAAAUCAAUUAAUAAUUUUUGGGAUGAACUACCGGAAACGAUUUCAAAUCAAAUAAAUAAAUAUAAAGACGUUACAAACGAUAACGAAUCGUUAAAAAUAUUUCAUUUGAUGGGAGUAAAUGAUAAUGAUGAAAUAAGGAUAUAUCCCAAUGGUAAAUUUACGAUGAAAAUUAAAUUUUCACCGCCUGCUAGUAAAAGUGAAAAAGAUGAAACAAACGAAGUUAAAAAUUACGUUGCAAGUUAUAAAAUAUUAUUGGAAAGAUCAGCCUUUUUAAAAGAAAUUUACGUGGUUGGAACGGUCAUUAAGGGAAAAUAA